AUGCCGAACAAAGAAGAUCUCAUGUCAAAUGACAGCUCUAAUUCUAGCUCACAUAGACUCCUGUCUGAUGAGCAAGGCUAUGAAUAUCCUGAGGAAAGUUUCCAUCAGAACAGCCGCAGGUCAUGGCUCAGGCCCUUAUUUGUCCAUUUGGUGAUCUUAGUUACCUAUACGCUGGCCUUCUUCGCUCUUUAUAAGAAGACUAACGGACAAAACUGUCAUCGGGAUAUGAUAUUCUCCCCGGCACGGGAAGCAGUUGAAUAUCAGCUCCUCCAUGCCGAGAAUGAUCUCAUGAAAGAGAGUCCCUACGCCGGUUUCCCCAAUGAUGGGAGCGAUGCAGCAUGGCGGGAACUGCUAAAGAACUCAAACAUCCGAAUCACCGCUGAGGAGUUGAAGAAGUUGAACCGGACAUCCAUCCAACUUCAAGAUGGGUCAGGUGAUUAUUUUGGGGGUCUUAGUGCACAUCAUCAUUUGCAUUGCAUUAAAAGUGUUCGUCGCGUCAUUUAUAGGGAUCACUACGGACUUCCCGAUGAACCGUGGAUGUGGUCGCAUCUCGAUCAUUGCCUUGAAGAUCUUCGCCAGAGUGUAAUGUGUAACGCCGACUUCUCGGUCAUUACCUACGACUGGCUCCCUAAUUAUCGUCGCCCGUGGGCAAAUUUCAAGGUCGACGGCGAGUGCGUGAAUUGGGAGAAACUCGAUGCGUGGGCGGGAGACAGAUUCUUUUCGCUGUUUGAUCAGAAGGCUCUUGUGCAUCCCGAACUCGGCAUCUCAUACCCCAUCGUUGAUGGCGUAAUCCCCACGGAUUCAACGCCUCAUCCUACGAAAUCAGAUAUCCAGGCCUUGAAAGACGGAACAAAUCCCAAGGACAAGUUUUAUGAAGCGCCCAUGCCCCUUUAUGGAUCUAUCUCCGCCGAAGGCUGGCAUUCCAUGAGAAUGGCAACCAACGUGUCAACCACUCUAUACGUACCGGCAGCAGACAAUUUUCUCGCGCAACUGAACUGGACAAAUGGAUCCGUCUCCUCCCAAGUCACUUUGAGAUCAAGUACUCAAGAGCCCCCCUUCGCCGAAUACCCUGGGAACGAUGAGGACCAGCUCCUCAACCUCACCAUUCUCCCCAACAAUCUCGCCUCUCUAACCUUCCCAGUCGCGUCGAUGGAAUAUUAUGACAACAACGGCUCAGCCACUACUAUACUCACUGGCUCAGUCUUUGCUCUCGCUGGCACACUCUUGGAUCCCAACGCGCACCACCAGCCUGUACCAUGCAUCAACCCCCUCAGUGGGCAAUACGGCAAGCUACCUCGAACGCUAUUCUAUUGCCUCUUGAUAUUCUCUCUAAUAUUUCGCCGCCAUGAGUGGCUCGCUCUCGCGGCACUGGGAACAGCCAUGACAUACGCCGCCGUCUCGGCAAUCCAUCUCAUCGGACUCGCGGUUAGGAGCCAAUUCAGCGAUCCAGACAAUUUCGGGAUAUUUCCUAUCCUGUCGACUUCGGGCAUCAUGCUUACCCCCAUAUUGAUGUGGUCAACGUCAGUAAAGAAGCAUCAAGCACAGGCUGUGAUCAUCUACUGGGGAAUUCUCGUUUUUGCUGCUUUUGUGUAUGCCACUUAUGGGAUGGUACGUCUCGACGUGGAUGUCCUAUUUCCGGUGCAGUCUCUAAUCGUGUGUACCCCAACACCUGAAUGCAGCCCAGUACCGUCGCCAGUCACGGCCAAGGAUUUCGACCGCUGUAAUUGCAUCGAUUUCUGCGGUGUUUUGGGAGACGAUUCGCCGAUGCGCAAAUCUGGUAAUAUGGUUGCUGGACUGCCUACUGAAAGCGCGCUAGCGGCCCAGACGACUGGGUUUAACAACUUAUAUAUAAUCAACUACCUAGCAUUGGUUUUUAUCUUUGUCAAUGGUAUCGUUGGGAUUAUUGGGAGCCGUUUUAGUCAGGAGCAAGUUCGUAAUACUAUUUUCCGCUUUCUCAAUGCUGAUAGGAGAAAACUCGUCUCAAAGCUUUUUGGAGGGCAACGCAAGAACGAGCUACUGGCGAGAUUUGGCUUGCAGAACCCGGAUGUCAGUCCCACGACGUGGAGCAAAUGGCGAUACGUUUUAGCCAAGGGAAUUGCUACGUUCUUUUACCUGACAGCAGUGUCGUUGACUAUUCUGUGUCCUAUUGUUUUCGUCACAAAUAUCAUUGUCAACGAGGUCGCAAUCGGAAUGUUUCCUGUGGGCGAGCGAAGCGAUGCUGUUGGUGCAUGGGGUGCUUGGGCUGGCGCGCUUCUUGUUCUCUUUGCCGCGGUGGUUGAUAAGUAUAGCAAAGCAUGGAUGGACUCCAUCUUGCUGGCUCUUGAAGGAGCAUGGAUAAUCGUCAAAUAUUCCAAAGACGACCGAGCUGGUAAGAAGCCCACGAUUAGCAAGAGAGUUGAGGAGCGGAAUAUGGGGCGAAGGAUAAUAGCCUUUUUCGGGGUAGUGGUCAGCCCCUUCGUCCAUAGCUGGUACAGCACCAGGCGCGGAUUCUGGACUGUGAAAAUACAUAUGAAGUUCUUUGUUGCUUGGUGGAGGCAAACGGAGAAUAUGUCCAAGCAGACGAGAGCUGAGAUCGAGAGAGCAUGGGAGGAUGAGCAGCUCAGGAUUGUGGGUGGCAUGCCCACUUGUCGCUGCCAUAUAUGUACGAAAGACUUCGUGGGUAAGAAUGCGGAAAUAGAUGACCAUGAUGACAUGCCUGGGAUAGAGAGUCGGAAAGAAAGGAAUAGGUGGAAUCGCGGGAGCGAAGACGACAUGGCUUUGGCCUCUACUGCUCCAUCGAGACCGCUUCUGGCGGCAAGCUCUUCGUUGACGCCACUUUUGGCAACGCCGCAGAAUCCAGUUCCUACAUCCUCGUCUGGUCCAGUGGAUGCGUAUGAGACCAGCUCACUGCUAGAUAGCCACAACUCAUCACCGGACCCAACCGGCGGAGACCAACAGCCUAUAGUAGAUGGAGACCAACCUCCUCCAAAAGAUGGAGGCCAUUCCCCUUCCAAAGCUAGAGACCAACUUUCUUCAAAAGCCGGGGCACAACCGCCUUCAAUGGAUGGAGAUCACCCCCAUACAACCACGCAAGCUGCAUCUUCAGCACCAAACACGCCUCAGACCUCGACCGCCGGGGAUCACGGUCCAGCAAUCGCAACGCAGAAUACAGACCACAGCCCUAGCCAAUAG